AUGGGCAUCGUCAAUCCACUCGACGCCCUCAUCCUCCCCUUCAUCUUCCUCUUCACGCUCCCCGUCGCCUUCGUCGCAACACUGACUACCAUUAUCUCCAUCUCCAUCCUCUUUCUGCGCGUGCUAGUCGUCUAUGUGGAACUAGCCCUUGCCGUCAUCCCCUCCUAUAUCCUGGGCGAGCACUCUCCAUCCAACCCCCAUAUCCUCCCACGCCCAAAAUCUUUCUCGACGCUUUAUCCCCAUUCCCAUUCCAAUCCUUACCCUCAUCCUCACUCGCACCCCCACUCCCCCUACACAAGCCGCCGCAAACACCGCCGCAGCAGCACCAGCAGCACCCUCUCGGCCGCUGGCAGCAUCACGCCCAUCUCAGGAGACGCUGGCAUCGGACUCGGACUAAGCCAAAACCAGAACUCAGCCCCGAACCAAAGUCAAAGCCAGGGCCCAAGUCAGAGCAUUGGGAUAAACCCAGCGCGCGACUACGAAGGCGUUGGGGGCUGGCGCCUCGACAACAACCCUAGCGAUGACGACGGCCUCUGGACGAAUAUCAACUCGCGGCUGGAGCUGCCGGCAGACUUUGGGAGGCGGCAUUCGCAACAGCAACAGCACCAGCGGAGUCGGAGUGGUGGGAGCGUGAAUGGCAUGAAUACGGGGAGAGUGAGGACGUCGCCAGGUCUGGGUUUUGGCAGUGGAAGCGGGAAUGGGAGUGGGCAUGGGGAGGCAGGGAAUUUUGCGGAUGGGGGGUUCCUGCAGCAGCAGAUGGCGAUGAUGAUUCCUGGGGGGAAGGGGAGGAGAGGGAGUGUGGCGGGUAUGAGUACGGGGAGUAGUACUAGUUCGAAGGGGAGCUGGACGGGGGGCAUGGUUAUGAAGGGAAGAUAG